AUGGCGGAGGCAGCCGAGCUUCGAGGAAACGUCUCAAAUAUUUUCACUAUUAACGAAGCCUUUGACGCUGCGGCGCACUCGCGCAUGUCGGAGGCCGGCUACACCGUGGCCACCGUUGCCCUCUUCACCAUCACCGUGCUGGGCGUGCUGGCUAACACCGCUGUGCUGCUCGUCAUCGCUGCCAACAAACAUCUGCUAACUCCCCUGACCCUGCCUUAUUUGGUGAGUGAUGCGUACGUCAUCUACGCCUUCAUCAUGACGUUAUUUGGCAUCGCUAGCAUCAGCUCGCUGACGGUGUUGUCAGUAGAGCGCUACCUGAUGAUAGCCAGGCCCUGGCAUGCGUGUGACCUGACCCCCCUGAGGGCGCGGGUGGUGGUCGUGGGGGUCUGGGUCUACUCCUUCGUUACGGUCUCCCCGCCGCUCUGGGGGUGGGGGGUUUUCGGCAUCGAAGGUGGGGGUGUAAGCUGCUCUGUGGCGUGGGAGCGCCGGACGGUAAACAACCUGACGUUCGUGACGUACCUCCUCCUGCUGGGGCUCGUCGUGCCCGUCGCCGUCAUGGCCGCCUCCUUCAGGGGCAUCAUCAACACCGUCAGGAAGGCGGGCCGCCUCCCCCAUGCGGUGUCACGGGCAGAGCGGCGGGUGGCGGGGAUGGUGGCGGUGAUGACGGUGACGUUCAUGGUGGCGUGGACGCCGUACUCCGUCCUGGCGGUGGUCAUGGCCUACGGCCCGCCGGUCGACAGCCAGUCAGCAUUCAACGCCGCUCCUGCCAUUUUUGCCAAGAGCUCCUGCAUAUAUAACCCUAUUAUUUAUGUGGGCCUUAAUACACAAUUCCGGACUGCAUGGCGCUCGCUGCUGCGGUGUCCGCUCUCUGCGUCCGCCCUCCGCCAGACUACGGAGGGCAUCUCGCUCACCGUCAGCGAUCCCACCGCUGCCGCCGCUCAUAAACACGAGGUGACGUUGCAGGAUGAAACUUUACAUUUGCUAAUGGAAAUCACAUGUGCUGAAAAUGAGCCCGCAGAGACCGGCCAGCAGGACGGAGAGCUCGGCACAGGCGGGCGCCUAUCGUCCGUCCCGCCACCUCGCGGUCGCCAGACGCGCCGCCGUCAGCGCAUCGUCGACAGACUCGAGCGAUUGCAGGAGAUCCGCGGUUUUCCUCGAGACGGAAACCAGGAGCAUUGCGCCGCUGUCCCGCAGCGCGGAAUUCAUUUUUGGUGA